GACGCGGGGCCGGUGGCUCCCGGGGACGAUGGACCCGGCUCGGCGCUCGCCGGGGCUUCCCCGGGCUGGAGAGCGCGCCUGAGUGCCGCCGCCCGCCGGGCAUGGGGAGCCGCUUCCUGGGCGGCUGCGGCAGCGGAGGAGGAUGCUCUCGGCGAGCCGAGCUCUGGGAAAGAGUGAAUGAAAUGUGCGGCUCGGGGUGUCAUUUCUGAAGGCAGGAGCCAUUCUCUUGGAGAGGAGUCCUCAAUGAGCCUGGCCCAGGCCCGGGAUCUGUGUGAAGUGGACUAAGGAUUUAGUAGGAUGUCAACUGAGACAGAACUUCAAGUAGCUGUGAAAACCAGCGCCAAGAAAGACUCCAGAAAGAAAGGUCAGGAUCGCAGCGAAGCCACUUUGAUAAAGAGGUUUAAAGGUGACGGGGUCCGGUACAAGGCCAAGCUGAUCGGGAUAGACGAGGUUUCUGCCGCUCGGGGAGACAAGUUAUGUCAAGAUUCCAUGAUGAAACUCAAGGGCGUUGUUGCUGGCGCUCGUUCCAAAGGAGAACACAAACAGAAAAUCUUUUUAACCAUCUCCUUUGGAGGAAUCAAAAUCUUUGAUGAGAAGACAGGGGCCCUUCAGCAUCAUCAUGCUGUUCACGAAAUUUCCUACAUUGCAAAGGACAUCACAGAUCACCGGGCCUUUGGAUACGUUUGUGGGAAGGAAGGGAAUCACAGAUUUGUGGCCAUAAAAACAGCCCAGGCGGCUGAACCUGUUAUUCUGGACUUGAGAGAUCUCUUUCAACUUAUUUAUGAAUUGAAGCAAAGAGAAGAAUUGGAAAAAAAGGCACAAAAGGAUAAGCAGUGCGAACAAGCUGUGUAUCAGACAAUUUUGGAAGAGGAUGUGGAAGAUCCUGUAUACCAGUACAUUGUGUUUGAGGCUGGACACGAGCCAAUCCGUGACCCGGAAGCGGAAGAAAACAUUUAUCAGGUUCCCACCAGCCAAAAGAAGGAAGGUGUUUAUGAUGUGCCAAAAAGUCAACCAGUAAGUAACAGCCAUGCAAUUGAAGAUUUUGAAGAACGGUUUGCUGCAGCCACCCCGAACAGAAACCUGCCAAUGGACUUUCAUGAGAUUUUUGAGGUAACAAAGGCUGUGACCCAAUUAGAACUUUUUGGGGACAUGUCCACCCCUCCUGAUAUAACCUCUCCUCCUACUCCUGCCACUCCAGGUGAUGCCUUUAUCCCGUCUUCAUCUCAGACACUUCCGGCGAGUGCAGACAUGUUUGGCUCUGUACCUUUUGGCACUGCUGCUGUACCCUCAGGUUACGUUGCAAUGGGCGCCGUCCUCCCAUCCUUCUGGGGCCAGCAGCCCCUCGUCCAACAGCAGAUCGCCAUGGGUGCUCAGCCACCAGUCGCUCAGGUGAUGCCUGGGGCUCAGCCCAUCGCUUGGGGCCAGCCAGGUCUCUUCCCCGCCACUCAGCAGCCCUGGCCAACCGUGGCAGGGCAGUUUCCGCCAGCCGCCUUCAUGCCCACACAAACUGUUAUGCCUUUGCCAGCCGCCAUGUUCCAAGGUCCCCUCACCCCACUUGCAACCGUCCCAGCCACGGGUGAUUCCACCAGGUCAAGUCCACAGACCGACAAGCCCAGGCAGAAAAUGGGAAAAGAAAUGUUUAAGGAUUUCCAGAUGGCCCAGCCUCCACCCGUGCCCUCCCGCAAACCCGACCAACCCUCCCUCACCUGCACCUCAGAGGCCUUCUCCAGUUACUUCAGCAAAGUUGGGGUGGCACAGGAUACAGACGACUGUGAUGACUUUGACAUCUCCCAGUUGAAUUUGACCCCUGUGACUUCUACCACGCCAUCGACCAACUCACCUCCAACCCCAGCCCCUAGACAGAGCUCUCCAUCCAAAUCGUCUGCAUCCCACGCCAGCGAUCCCACCACAGACGACAUCUUCGAGGAGGGCUUUGAGAGUCCCAGCAAAAGCGAAGAGCAAGAAGCUGAGCUGGAGCCUCUCUAUGCGCAGAUCAACAGACCUAAGAAAUAGCAUCGAUGCAGGCUCGUGGCGGGUGCUUCAAGACUGCCAUGGACAUCAGCAUCGCCACAGGCUCUCUUGUGUUCUUUCACCUCACCUCACCCCAUGAAGAAAUCAUGAUUGCCCAAUGGAACUCGUUUGGAAGCGGGAACUAAGAGUUUUUGGCAACCAAUGGCAGAUAUCUAUGGCAGCACAAAAAAAACCCCUCAAAAGUAUAAAAAAUCAUACCCAACAUUAAGUCACAAGUCAAGCAAAUGCUUACCCGACAAAUAUUCUGAGCUCUCUUAGCAUGGGUUUGAGAUGACCCGGUCUGCAAAAUCAUAAUUCUCUUUUUAUUUCUCUACCUGUUGACCAUUUGGAGUGACAGGCCUCAGAGAGUUACAACAGGGUUGGCACUGACUUCCUUUAGGCAAAAGCAAGAGGUCUUCUAUGACCACAACAUCAUCAUCCAUAGGCCUUUUGACAGAUGAUAAUGUUUGUCAUGACUCCACAGGGCCCGGUCUGCCAUUUUCCCCCCUUUCCUUUCUUUGUCAUGUUUGAAAAUUAAUGGGUGUACAAAUUUUUGUAUUGCUUUUGACUUUUUUUAGGUGUGGGUGAAGAAAUCUAACUGGGAAAAAAAAAAAAAAGCCUCAUAUGAAAUGAAUUAACUUGAAAUCACAAGACAAAUAAGUGAUUGAUUAUUCUUUAUGAUCGAGAAGGUUGCCAAAACAGCCCUUUAGCUAUUUUGCAUCCUGGUGAAGAAAGACAGCUUUCGGUCUGAACCUUCACUCUGUGAGUAGGAGAGGACAUCGAAUCCCAUUGAUGAGAAAGACGAAAAACACAUCUGAUUUCCUAAGAAGCUCUAAACUCUAAGUACAAUUAAAUGAUAUUUUUUAUUUUUCCGAUAUCUUGCUGCUGUGACGCUAUGCAGACAAGUGUCUUCUCCACGUGCCAUUUUCAAAGAAAGUCAUUUGCCAAAUAAUCCUGGUACAAUCCUGGUAAUGUGGUUUUGGAUCUUAAAAACCAACUUUCUAAUGGAACAAUGGUGACAUGAAUAUUCAGAAUAACAAACUGAUUCCGUGCUCACGAUGGUUCAUCUCUAUCUCUUUUUGUACAUCAGAAAAUUCAAAUGGGAUUUUUAUUUUAUAACUUGAAAAAAAAACCUUACCAUUAAACUCUUUAAAUAUUUAAGGGAAAUGGCUUUAAGGAGUUCUAAUGAAAAAAAAUUGCCAGUUUUUUUUGUAAAUAUAAAUGUUAAUGAAAAUGCUUUUUAAUAAUGCCAUUACACUGUAGAGAAGGUAGCAGGUUGAGUGCGAGAUGUGACACACUUGAUGGAUGGGGCUCACUUUCCAGAUGUUAUUCUGGAGCGUGCGGCAGGAAGCAGGAGUUCAGGGACAGCUGGCAGGAGCAGUUGGGUGAUCAGCAGCGAGUGAGCAAGAAGGGGGCCAGUGGCCCCACCGUCUCCUCUAGCCUUUCCAUGGGAGCGCCCGCCCUCUGCCUCAGACAAGAGCAAGACGGCCCCUUUCGGCAGGCCUGUCCUUCAGCUGCUGACACCCUCCCACCUCUCCACGCCCACCUACCCCCAUAGAGAUCACGGGACUGUUUGUACAGGAGACAGAGGAGUGGAAGCUUCCUUUUUUUACGUUUAUGAGACAAAAAGUGCAGUGUUCAGUUCGGAUGUUUAGCACAUGAUUUUCAUAAAGAAUCUAUAUAUUUUUGCCCUACAGAAAAUUGUUCUACAGGUCAAAUGUGUUUUCCUGAUGUUCCUAUGCAGUUACAGUAUGUUGAAUUUAGUGGUUUAACACUAAGAAGAAAACUUUCAAGAAUCAUGUGGUUAAUUGGAUUUGGGGUAAUUAUUACUUGGUUUUAAAUUUGAAAAGUAGAAUUUACAUUGACAUGUUUGACUUAAAUGGGCCUGUAUACAUUGAUUCUUCAUAUCAAUGGAAACUAAAAUGAUUUGGAAGAAGGUGUGCUUGUUCACAGAGAGAAAAUUGAUAAGUCAAGUUGAUUGUUACUGUUUGAAGUCCAAAUUUUACAUUAUCAGGCCACUGGAAUCUAAAUUUUUUCCAGUUAGGUAAACUGACCAAAUGUCCAUUCCAGAACGUAUGUAAAUGUCACCCUGAUGUGGAAGGUCUGAAGAACCAGAAAGUGAGGCCCUUUACCUCCGUCCGCAGCGGUCACCUGGGGUCCACAUGAUUUCUCUGGGAAUUGCACACGUUUUGUGACUAGGUACUCCUUUCACAGGAAGAGGAGAAUGGGAAGGGUGUGAUAUGGAUUCGAUGAGAGAGGCAUUUCCCAUGGGGAAAUAGCUUAAAUUGCUAUACCGUCUGUGACUCCGAUUCUAAACAAGUGGUGCUAUCUCCUCCUCACUAUGGCUGUCUGAGUCUGUCUCGCAGUGUCGCACCACUAUACUGAUUCUUCGGGCGGCUCCUGACACGCUCGCGGUGAACUCCGGCUGAUGCUGCUGUUUCAGGUACACCGUCUAGAGUUAAUUUCAUAGCAGAAAGUGACAGCCCGGUGGACUUGUCAUCAUUCAUUGAAUGCGAUGGAGGAUGUAAACUGGCUCUGAACUUAAGAUGCCCAUGUGGUGCAUUAAAGUGAGGGAAAGAAAUUAAGAUGUUAAACUGCCAUCCAUAUUAUCAUUGGCAGAAUUCUGACUUUUAACAAGCACUGUUUGGCGAGCUCAGAACCACCAAAUCCUAUAUCCCAAGAGGACAGUGACAUUUCCAAAUAAGAGCUGAGGUGCCGAUACCAAAAGGCCAUGGGGAGUCUGCACAGUUCUGGUUAGAUCGAUAGAAAAUCCACGUGUACCACUGUUAAUUCCUCAUUCUCCACUAGCACUAAAUUUGUCACUUUAAAUUUUGAAACCAGGGAAACGCCACCUGUCCUUCUGUCCCCAUUCCCCAUAGCUCUUCAAUCUUCACAUGCCGCAGACUUUUCUGAUAACUCGUGCUCAUCCCAGUGUCUACUGAAACCCUGUCGUGUGAUGUACCGGCACCUUCUUUUAAAAAAAUGUUUACUCUGUGGGUUUGGUUCAUUUCAAUUUCUGCAUUCUGACACAUAUUUUUUUAAUAAAGAUGAGAAAGAGAAAAUGACUGUUGCAGUACAUUUCUAGACCUACUUUAACUUUACCUCAGAUGACAGUUUGUUAACAUAUACGGACACAUUAUUUUUAACUUUAUGUACAACGCAUUCAACAGAACAGCGAAAUUUUUAGAGAUUUUCCAUUAAUUUCUGUAACAUGCCAUGUAAAACUGUUACAAAUAAACAUGUUUGAGAUCAAC